CGCAUCGCGGGCGUCGGGCGGGGCGGCCCAGCGGGUAAAAGCUGCGCGGCCGCGGGCUCGGCACUCACGGCUCUGAUGGCUCCGACGGCACUGACGGCCAUGGCGCGUUCGAACCUCCCGCUGCCGCUGGGCCUGGCCCUGGUCGCAUUCUGCCUCCUGGCGCUGCCCCGCGACGCCCGGGCCCGGCCGCAGGAGCGCAUGGUCGGAGAACUCCGAGACCUGUCGCCCGACGACCCGCAGGUGCAGAAGGCGGCGCAGGCGGCCGUGGCCAGCUACAACAUGGGCAGCAACAGCCUCUACUACUUCCGAGACACGCACAUCAUCAAGGCGCAGAGCCAGCUGGUGGCCGGCAUCAAGUACUUCCUGACGAUGGAGAUGGGGAGCACAGACUGCCGCAAGACCAGGGUCACUGGAGACCACGUUGACCUCACCACUUGCCCCCUGGCGGCAGGGGCGCAGCAGGAGAAGCUGCGCUGUGACUUUGAGGUCCUUGUGGUUCCCUGGCAGAACUCCUCUCAGCUCCUAAAGCACGACUGUGUGCAGAUGUGAUAAGUCCCCGAGGGUGAAGGCCAUUGGGUUUGGGGCCAUGGUGGAGGGCACUUCAGGUCCAUGGGCCAUAUCUGUCACAAUAAAUGGCCAGUGCUGCUUCUUGCA